GGGAUGUUAUUCUGGCUCCCUAGAGGAGGCAGCCAGUGGGCUUGUUUUCCCACUCCAAUCCUCCAGUAUUUGCUGUAUUUGGUGUCUUAUUGACAACAUUACUAGUUAAUAUUAAUUAAAUUUAUUGAUGUGAGGCCGAUCUUAGCAGGGAGGGGGGCCUUUGCAGGGUGCAACGGCCUCACUCCCCCCACCCACCCACAAAAAUGUGGAAAUCUGGACUUUGGCUCAGACAGAAAUCGAAAAACAGGCAGCAUCACAGAGAAAAACAGAUUCAGGAGAGUUUCACGUGCCCGCUCUCGGCAUCGGGCCAUGGCAUUCGUUUCUUACGUGCCUUUCAGCUGCGCACACCACCUGCCCCCCCUUCAGCUGCCUGCUGGUUGGCACCCUCCAACAGCUGGAAUCUCCCAACCUGGUGGGUCUCCAAAACUCAAAAAUUGAGGAGCUGUUCCAGAAAGUCAAGCAACAGCAGUACAGGAUGGACAAACAGAACUUGCAGAUCAAAAGCCUUCAGAGCAAAGUCAACAUGAUGCUUCCUUUGUACGCCAAAGGCAAUGAAAUGGAGAAAAACCCCAAGCAGAAAAUGGACGUCCGGUGGAGCCCCGAUUCGGCCGCCAACCGCAGCCACGGUGCGGGGUCCACGCUCCCAGAGGCUCCGAGGUUCCCUCUUGGCUGUCAUCAGCUUUUUCUGGAUGGGUCGCCAAGCAACGGGGUGGUCAGGAUCCAGCCCCCGGGGGCCCAGCCGUUUGAUGUCUUGUGCGAUGCGACCCCAGGUGGCGGGGGCUGGACGGUGAUUCAGAAGCGCCAGGACGGCUCCGUUGAUUUUGACCAGCUAUGGGAAGCUUAUAAGACUGGUUUUGGAAAUAUGAGUGGGGAUUUCUGGCUGGGCUUGGAGAAAACCCACCAGAUCAUGCGGGACGGGCGGUUCCACCUCUUGAUCGAGCUGCAGGACUGGGAAGGGAAUGCGCAGACGGUCCAGUUCUUGUUCAGCCUGGGUGGGGAAGAGACGGCUUACACUCUCAGCCUCCUGGGCCCCAUCCUCGGGGAGUUGGAGAACGCCAUGGGGGACUUCCCCCAGCUGCCGUUCUCGACUCGGGACCGGGACCACGACCUCAAGGGAGACGCCAACUGUGCCAAGCACCUCUCGGGGGGAUGGUGGUUUAGCACUUGCGGCCACGUCAACCUCAACGGGAGGUACUUCCGCUCCAUCCCUCGCCAGCGGCACGACCGGAAGCAGGGCAUUUUUUGGAAAACCUGGCGGGGACGCUACUACCCCCUGCGGUCGACCGUCAUGAAGAUCCGCCCAGUGGAGCUGGGCCAGGGGGCGUAAAGCACCGCAAAGGUCCCCUCCAGUUCCUGCUUUAUUUUCGGUGGAGGCGCAGAUGGGCGUCUGUUUUCUUAUUUUCGGGGUGUGUGUUAGACUGAGAAGGGGGUUUCCAGCAGGCUGUCUCUGCUGGGCAUCCGAUCGCACUCGAUAAAAGGACCACCUUGUUUCCCCCCCCCCAGCAAAGGGGUGGUCCUUGAGUUGGCAGAAGGAUACACCCAGACAGCCGGCGUCUCCGUGGAUGGGAAUGGCGCAAGGAUCCGUGGGAACAACAGAUCUCAGCAUUGAGCGUGGGGGGGGGGUGUCCGACGGAAAUGACUGAAAGGGGGGGAGUUUCGCCAAAAUUAUAGAAAAAAGAUGGUGCAUCACCAAAAAACGGUGUAAAGUAAUUUAGGUGUAAAUAUGCCAUUUUGGGAACUUGUAGAGAGAGUCGAAGAGACAGGGAGACCAUCUCCUCCGAGGGAGGAAGAUGCUAGGGUACCUCUGUGCUUGUUGGCCAGGUUGCUGUCCCAUGUUCCACACACACACCACUGUGGAUGAUGGGUAGUGUUACACGAGCCUGGAUUUCCCUUCUUUAGGGACUUCCGUAUCUGUAAAUCCAGACUGGAUUGCUGUUUUUUAUUUUUUCAAAGAGACACACCCGGUCAACUUGCUGGAGGUUAAAAAUGACCUGUAGAGAAAUCAUGGGAUGGAGGAUGUGACCGUUUGGACCAUUUCAGAAGUGUUUCCACCAGGAUGCAGGGCUCAGGGAGCAUUUGUGGCCAUGGUCCCCCGCCCCCAACAAAACUGCUUUUUGAGGUCAGAAAGCCUCUCGUCGCUGAGUGUUUAGAUCUCUCGAAAAGGCUUCCCUGUGAUGUGGUACAGUCACCUCCACACACCUGGAAGGGGAGAUUUCUUAGGGCGAUGAUGCUCGGUUCGGGAUGGUGACGUGGUCUGUGGCACCUCUUUUCCCUACAGCAGGGAGGGGGGUCCCCUUGCCACAAAAUGGUACCAGAUGGACUGGGAUGGCCACCAGAGCUCAUCACAUGCAAGCCUAAGUUCCACACUCAUCCUCUUCACCUUGUUAUUCCGUUUUAUCCUCUGCUUUUUAAGUCAUAUUGACUCCAUCUAGUCCAAUGUUCGUUUUUGUACAUAAUCGUUGUGCUGUUUUAAAGAGUUUUUCCUCUUGUGUGUUUUUUUUAAAAAGUUGAGUGUCACUUUUUUUAAAAUAAUUUUUUAAUGCGUAUUAAUAAAUGCUGUGGUUAUAACUUAUAAAUGUGGCCUCCGAUCUCUUUCAAUAGGUCAACGAGAUGGCUGCUUCUUUUUUUAUGGAAUAAAAAAAAUACAAAUUUC